GCCACGCCCACUUCCGGUUUCUUUGCUCCAGCAUGGCUGCCUUAGGGACCUGGCUAUCCAGUGUCCGGAGGUUGCACAGUAGUGCAGUGGCGCGGGCCGGCAGCCAGUGGCGACUCCAGCAAGGGCUGGCUGCCAAUCCUUCCGGCUAUGGGCCCCUCACGGAGCUUCCUGACUGGUCUUUCGCGGAUGGCCGCCCUGCUCCCCCAAUGAAAGGCCAACUUCGAAGAGAAGCUCAAAGGGAGAAGCUUGCAGUGAGUGAGACGAGUUGUGCUGCUGACACAGGAAAUGGAUGCAGGAUUACAGGCAUGGAAGCUCAGGCAGCAGAAACUGCAGGAAGAAAGGAAGCAGAAACAUGACCUUAAACCUAAAGGGACGUCACUGAGGAACCCACUUCCAAAUCAAUAAAAAGCUCCUGUCCCACUUUCCCAGCCUCUCUGGCUUCCUUUUCUACAUCUGAAUAUUUGUUUGUUUGUUUGUUUUCUUUUUUCUUUUUUUCGGAGCUGGGGACCGAACCCAGGCCCUUGCGCUUCCUAGGCAAGCGCUCUACCACUGAGCUAAAUCCCCAACCCCACAUCUGAAUGUUUUAUCCCUGGUAGACCGAAGUCAUUUUUCUCCCGCCAUUUGUAUUGAUAGCAAAAGACCUCAGGCACCGGGAGGAACUUAAAACCACUGCCUGCCAGGCUUGGCAAAAUGCUUUAGUCCUCGCUCCGUUCCAGUUCAGCCAGAUCUUGCUCUGGAAUUAUUUCGCCCCUGGUGCUGAAGAACGCGCCCAGAGCCUUACAAAAGCUAAGCUCGCCACCACCCUCCCACUUAGCAUGCUUGGGAUUUUAAUCCUCUUCCUUGCUGGUCCGAGGGCUAACCCAGCUAAGAGCAGCAACUGCUCUGUGAGAGAAGAUAAGGGGCAGCAGCAGCUUUCCUGGUUUUCCCCCUCAUGCCUCUGUCACUCACAGCCCAUACACAGCUCAGAUGCUUACAGUUGGCACUCAAUAAAUGUUCUGUUGAAAAGGC